AUACUGCUUCCCCCACUUGAUAGUCUUUCGCUCUCUACAAACAGACUUUAUCUCGCGUCGCUCCUUCGUCUCACCAUGAUCUGAGCGUUUCGGCCGGAUCUCCUGCUUCUCCCUGCUGACGGUGGCGCUCUCCCCCGCGGCCCUGUCCGGUCUGUGACUAUAUACCCGAUCGUGUCUUUUCCGUCUGAUCGAUCAUUUUUCUUCAUCAUCCCACGCGGCAAUCCCGACAUCCCGACAUUUCCACGUGCCCGUGCAUCUUAUGUUCUCUUCUAGAUGUCCAACUUGAGUUCGCAUCGGAGCUCCCCUUCGCCAGAUUCCGCCAUGGCCGACACUUGGGAUGACACCGCCCUACCUCCGAUGAGUUCGAAACAACUCAUCGUCAGCACUCGUCGCGCGCGCCCCGCCGAGACAUCACUCUUGUCCAGCACGUUGCGCGGCCCUUCCCGCCAGGGAGCUGUUCCUGUCCCUGCCGAGCCCCCGACCGUGGUUGUGCGCGGUUCCAGUACCCAUCGACGCACUGGCAGCACGUUGAAGACCGUCAUGCGCAAGAUCUUCACCCGCAAGACGCGCGGGGAUGAAAGCGUGUCUCCGCCACCACGGGGAGGUAGCACUAGUCCGACUAUGGAACGAUGCUUGCCGUCCCAAGCUCUAACCUUCGGAUCUCGACAACAACAUCAACACUCCCCUGCACUGUUUACGCCCUCCAAUGGCACGGUUACCUCAUUCGCGGAAGCUCUGCAGAAGCUGGACUCGCAUCCACGACGGCGUCGGGCCACGCUUCCCAGUCUGAUCCUGUCGGAUGAUGGAUCCCGCGGUGCGCUCGAAGCCGCCGUUCAGGGCCGUCCUGUGAGCAAGCGCGACAAUAGUCCUCAUGCUAACAGUGAUCCCCUUGAUGUCUGCCGUCGCCGGGAGCGCCAGCAGCUAAAGCGCCGGUCGCGGAGUGCUGCCGCCCUGCGCGGUCUGGCGCAGGAACACCACCAUCUGAUGUCGCCUAUUCAAUGGCGUCGGCGCAGUCUGGAGUCUUGCGCAGCGUCUACCGCCUAUGGCGCACCCUCGGAGGUCGACCGUCCACCAACUCGAACUACUGUCGCCAGUGCGCCGGCGCUGCCCACCGAGACUUCGGUUCUGAUGGAGGAACCAGCAGAGCCUGAAGACACUGAGCCCGAGGAGGCUGCUGUGGAACCAGAGGCGGAAGAUGAGCGCGAGGCCGAGCCCGAGGAUCCGAUUCCAACUAAUGUCGGCACCCUCGUCACUUCUAUGCAACAUGACGAGCACAUCACGCUGGAGCAGCGGCUCAACAUCCUGGAAGUCAAGAUGAUUGACCUCGAGUUCGCCAUUGCUCGUCUGCAGACCGACCGCAGUGAAAGUCCCGCCGAAUCAAGGCAGGCUGCAUCACCCGUCAAGCGACAUCGUCGCAAACAAUCAUCGGGGCCGAACAAGAUGCCUCCGCCCAUACCUACUCAAGACACAGUCCUCCCAGACCGCCCAUCUAGCACAAGCACCCUUCGUCCGACCCAACUCCACCGCUCACGUACCUUACAAGCCCCCUCCUCGACAUCCCUAACCGAUCACAGCACCAUCUCAGUCGAACAGUACAGCGCCUUGGUCAUGCUACUGCGGCGCGAACAGACCGCCCGACGCAGCCUCGAGCAGCAGGUCGCCGGCCUUCGCGAGGAUAUGGAGCAGCUGACGCAGAUGGCGCGUGACUCGAUGGGGUUGGGCAUGGGGCCGAUCUACCCGAUCCCGAUCUCUGAUCUACAGGAUUUCCGACGUAUGCGGCCAGGUGGCGGGCUGUCGUCGAGCGAAUCUUCUCGGCCGGAGACAGUCGGUGUGCCGGGGGAAAGCGACUCGGAGUGGGAACGCAACGAGCUGUCCGGCAAUAAACCGCUGCCGGUAAAACCGGCACCGGAGGUGAUUUCGUCGCGAUGGUCACCGGGUCGUCGAAUGGAGCUGGGUGGGAUGAUAUGAUUGUGGUGGAUUCUCCUCUUAAUGACUUGUUAUGCAUAGUUUACUGUAUAUAGCCGGAUUCUGACUUGACCGAUCACAGGAUGAUUUGGAAAAGUUUAUGACAGGAUUACUUAUUACCUAGUUAGCUUUAGUGUAUAUACUUUAUUGAUAUAUUGAACGGACUCAAUUUGG